CUGCUUUACCCAAAACCGAAUUCUCCCCUCUUUACCGUGCUGAUCCGGGGUCCGACAUUGGCUCUGGUGGUCAUCUAUCAUCCUCUCUGUUGGCUCGGGGGAAAAAAAAGCAAGCCACCCAGCAUACUUGGGGGGCAAAGUCAUUAGGUCCAGCAAAACAAUUUUAAUAAAACACAGAACCUAAUUAAGAGGACAAGAGACCAAAAAUCCUCUAAAAAGCCCUCCACCGCCAAAAUGUCAGAUGAGCAAACCCUCGCUCAGCGGACAGCCUCGAGCUUCGAUAGGCUCGAAAACUUCAACUUUCUUCUCUCUCGACACGAUCCCAACCUGGCCAAGAGUCGACAGUACUCCUUUGAUGCAGAAUCGACAGCUUUGGCCUCCUUUCAGAACUUGAAUAUGGAUUACGACCAGACCGAGGGAAUGGGCGGCCUGUCCGUCAGUUCAUAUGACAGCAUUGAGGACGAGCGCAGUCCGAUCGAUGUGCGAGGAUAUCCGCAUUAUGAUCAAAUGCUUUCCUAUCCAGCUCACCCACUCUACCCACCCAUCUCAUAUGGGCCCCCAGAUGAUCUGGCGCAGGUCCCCGGGGCCCUGACGCCAUCUGAUGUCUCCUCGUCCAUAUCACCUCCCAACGGUGCCAUCACCAAUACCAAAUACAGCACACAGAUUCACGGCGACCACCUCGCGUCGGCUCUCAAUCAGGAAGAGGGUGUCCGUCGCGCCGCGGAAGAAGACCGCCGGCGCCGGAACACGGCCGCCAGUGCCCGGUUCCGCAUGAAGAAGAAGCAACGCGAGCAGACGCUGGAACGCACCGUGCGCGAGACGACCGAGAAGAACGCCUCGCUCGAGGCUCGCGUGGCCCAGCUCGAGAUGGAGAACCGAUGGCUCAAGAACUUGCUCACCGAGAAGCACGAAGCCAGCUCGACCCGGUUGGCGCCCCCGACCGACAGCAGCGCCUUGACCUCGAAAACCUCCAGCGUCACCGGCCCAGGACAGAAACAUAUCCAGCCCAAAAAGAAGGGCGUGGGCACCGACAGCUGAACCCGUGUCAAAUCAAAAGAAAUCGCAUAAAACCUACUUAUUGAUUCUCCACUCACGCGACAUGUCGAGUCCCUUGCGCCUUCAUUAGUUUGCGGAUUCCGUUUGACGCUGUGCUUCUUCGCAUCUGUUUUUAUCUCUUUGUAUGC